AUGGGCCGGCUGCUGUCGGCCAGCGGGCAAUUCAUUUGGCCAAGAAGCUUCGUGGCGUGCGGGCAUGUUGCUGAGCCGGAAAAUGCGCGCGUAAACCGUGAUAGAUGUGUGAGAAAAUUGUGGCCCGCAACGGGAAAAUUGGCAGAGCAAACAAGCGAGUGUGUAGCGUGCCAUGUGCCUGUUCUUGUGCUCGAGGAGUGCGUGAAUUUGAAUGUGCAUGUGAAUGAAGUGCCACGGAAUCGUAGCGGAAAUCGUUUGCUGGCCCAUCGACUGGCCAGCCAGUGCGGGUGCGCUGUGCUGUUGCGGUCGUGGAUGAUGCGGCUGGCGCUGGCGGUGCCAGGAGCACACUUCCCGGGCCAUAAUUGUCGGUUGAAUGACUCUCGAUGCGAUAGCAAUAACAACAACAAAAUCAACUGCUCCGGCAGCCAUAAUAUUCAUCACGGUCGUUCCAUUUGAGGCCAAAGGAGAGGAGCACGAACAAUUGCCGACAGCACCACCGCUAAAUUUCGGACAUUGCGACAUGUUAGCAAGGGCAAAAGCAAC